AUGGGAAGCACGAGCGCAGGUCUCAUCCCCCAUUUGCAACUCUACAGUUGCUUCUACAAGCGCUUGGACUCCAUUAGAAACCAACACCAACGACUUCCUUCGCUACAACUCAACAUUAAUUCGAAGAAAAGAGGGAGAUUGAGAUUCGAUGCUUCGCAGAGCAGGUCCACCAGUUUCAGAAGAGUCGUUUGUUUCGCUGCUGUUGACGAUGACGUCAGCGAGAAGCAGCAAGACUCAACAAGUACUAGCACCAGCUCAGCUCUCGAGGAUAGGCCUGAUAUGGUUGAUAGUUUGCAAGAAAACCUUGGGCAAGAUAACGAAGGAAGUCCGAUUUAUAACUUUCUUUAUCCCAGUAAAGAGCUCCUUCCUGAUGAUAAAGAAAUGACUUUAUUUGAUCAUCUUGAAGAGUUGCGAGAGAGAUUAUUUGUGUCAGUUUUGGCGGUUGGAGCUGCUAUCUUGGGAUGCUUUGCAUUUUCAAAAGAACUCGUUAUGGUUCUUGAAGCUCCUGUUAAAUCACAAGGUGUAAGGUUUCUUCAACUAGCUCCUGGAGAAUUUUUCUUCACGACUUUAAAGGUUUCAGGAUAUUGCGGCCUUCUCUUGGGAAGCCCGAUUAUUCUCUAUGAGGUCAUAGCCUUUGUUCUUCCAGGUUUAACCAAAUCAGAGAGAAGGUUCUUGGGGCCUAUUGUUUUAGGCUCCUCAGUACUUUUCUAUGCUGGAAUUGUCUUCUCUUAUUUGGUUUUAACUCCAGCAGCUUUGAAUUUCUUCGUUAGUUAUGCUGAAGGGGCUGUGGAAUCUUUGUGGUCUAUUGAUCAAUACUUUGAAUUUGUGCUUGUGCUUAUGUUCAGCACAGGCUUGUCCUUCCAGGUUCCUGUAAUCCAAAUUCUUCUUGGACAAGUUGGCGUAGUUUCAGGAGACCAAAUGUUGUCAAUUUGGAGAUAUGUUGUAGUUGGUGCAGUUAUUGCAGCCGCCAUACUUACACCAUCAACAGAUCCCCUUACUCAGAUGCUUCUAGCAGCACCGCUUCUAGGUCUUUACCUGGGUGGUGCAUGGGUUGUCAAGCUAACGGGCAGAUGA